CCAAAAAAGGAGUAACGGGCUAUGAGAAUGUAAAAUGGGCUUUCUAGGGCGGUGAUGAUAGAGAGAGAAUCGGUUAGUAUUGGAUCAUCAAUUCAAUUCUCCUCCAAAGCUCAAAAUCAAUCUUUCAACAACGAUGAUGAUCCUCAAGGCGCAGCCGCAGUGUACUUCUCGCGGUCUCCGUCUCUCUUCUGCAUCGUUUCUUCUUCACAGCGUGGCUUCGGACGCGGAAGCUGUUUACCGGAUGGUCAAUAAUGGGUCAGGAGGAGAGUUGAAGGAAUCGCUGAGCUCAAGUGGAAUCCACUUGUCGAAGGACUUAAUCGAUAAGGUUGUGAAAAGAGCGAGGUUUAGUCACGCUAACCCUCUUCAAGCCCUAGAGUUGUACAGGUACGCCGAUGCUCGACGAGGCUUUUAUCAUUCAGCCUUUUCUCUAGAUACAAUGCUCUAUAUCCUCGGUAGAAAUCGAAAGUUGGAUCUGAUCUGGGAGGUUCUGAUUGAAACCAAGCGUAAGGAUGAUGGGUCUCUGAUAACCCCCAGGACGAUGCAAGUGGUUUUAGGUAGAGUAGCUAAGCUCUGCUCCGUUAGACAAACCGUCGAGUCUUUCUGGAAGUUUAAGAGAUUGCUUCCUCCUCCUCCUCAUUCCUUCUUCCACACUAGUGCUUCUUUCAACGCUCUCUUGAGAACUCUUUGCCAAGAGAAGACCAUGACUGAUGCUAGGAAUGUCUAUCAUUCUUUGAAGCAUCAGUUUCACCCCGACUUGCAGACUUUUAACAUACUCUUGUCUGGUUGGAGAUCCUCUGAAGAAGCUGAAGCUUUCUUCCACGAGAUGACUAAAGAAAAGGGGCUGAAACCUGAUCUCGUUACCUACAACUCUUUGAUUGAUGUGUAUUGCAAGGCCAGAGAGAUGGAUAAAGCUUACAAGCUGAUUGAUAAGAUGCGUGAGGAGGAUGUAACUCCCGAUGUUAUAACUUACACUACCAUUAUAGGCGGUUUGGGGUUAAUCGGCCAGCCUGAUAAAGCUAGAGAGGUUUUGAAAGAAAUGAAGGAGUAUGGAUGUUAUCCUGACGUUCCGGCUUACAACGCUGCUAUUAGGAACUAUUGCAUUGCCAGGAGGCUCCGGGAUGCAGAUAUGUUGGUGGAUGAGAUGGUGAAGAAAGGUUUGUCUCCUAACGCCACUACUUAUAAUCUGUUUUUCCGUGUUCUGUCUUUGUCUAAUGAUUUGGGACGGUCUUGGGAGCUGUAUGUGAGAAUGUUGGGGAAUGGGUGUUUGCCCAAUACCCAGUCCUGUAUGUUCUUGAUCAAGAUGUUUAAGAGACACGAGAGAGUGGAUAUGGCGUUGCGGUUGUGGCAAGAUAUGGUGGUCAAAGGUUUCGGUUCUUAUAGUUUGGUUUCGGAUGUGCUUUUCGAUUUGCUUUGUGAUCUCGCUAGAGUAGACGAGGCUGAGAAAUGUUUGCUUCAGAUGGUUGAGAAAGGACAUAGACCGAGUAAUGUCUCUUUUAAAAGGAUCAAGUUGUUGUUGGAGCUAGCAAAUAAGCACCACGAGCUUAAUAAUUUGAAACAGAAGAUGGCUGUUUUCAGUACAGAGAUUCAGCUAUGAAAAGUUUCACGACAUUCUUCCAGCGGAGAUAAUCGAGUCCUUCGUGUGUAAAAUGCCAUUGUACUUGGCGGUGUCUUUCUUGUGCAAGUCUAUCAGCUUAUCUCCUGCGCCUGAAGGGUUCAAUAAAGCAUAGAUGGAAAAGUUGCAGACUUAUUCUACUGAACCAAGCAGCAGAUUUGGUGAUUGUAACUGUACCAGACGCUAUUGACGGCAUCUUUUUUUGCUUUUAGAGAGAGAGAGAAAGAGAGAGUUUUGGGACUCUAAUCAUAAGGUAAACACAGAUUUUAUGUAGUUUUGCAUUGCUUGCCAAAGAGACGAAUUAGGGACAGAGACUCUUCAAGGACCGAUCACACUCUUAGUUUCUACGUUUAAAUGUCAUUACACUCCACGCAAAGUUUGUUGGCGUGUUUAGACAAAUGAGCUUGCAUUUGGUUUGUUUUGCUCCUAUUGGGGCUCAGUCAUUCACGGCCAAAACUUAUGGUUGCUUUUUUGAGUUC